AUGUCAGACUCGCUGGUGUGUGUCAGUGAUUAUGAGCGUCAAGCUCAAAGACUUUUACCAAAGUCAGUGUAUGAUUAUUAUUUCUCAGGAGCAGAUGAGCAGCAAACUCUGCGUGAUAACGUAGCAGCAUUUGCCAGGUUUUCAUACCCACUAUAAUGGACAACAUGCCCCACUGGUCUCUUAAAGUCUCUUUUAGUCAAGACUUUAAGGUGGUGCAUUUACCCUCGUGUGCUCAGAGACGUGUCCACAGUGGACAUGUCCACCACAGUUCUGGGCCAGAGAGUCAGUAUGCCCAUCUGUGUGGCAGCUACUGCUAUGCAGCGAAUGGCGCAUCCGGACGGUGAAACGGCCACUGCAAGAGCCUGCCUGUCCUGUGACACGGGGAUGAUGCUGAGCUCAUGGGCCACCUCCACCAUUGAGGAAGUAGCGGAGGCCGCACCUGGAGCCGUGCGCUGGAUGCAGCUGUACAUUUAUAAAGACAGAGCGCUGACUCAGUCUCUGGUCAGGAGGGCUGAGAAGGCCGGGUAUAAGGGUAUCUUUGUCACAGUGGACACACCUUAUCUUGGCAGGCGACGUGAUGACGUGCGCAACCGAUUUAAGCUGCCCUCUCAUUUGAGAAUGGCUAAUUUCGAGACCCCUGAUUUAGCGUUCUCCUCAAAAAAAGGUUACGGGGAGGACAGUGGCCUGGCGGUGUAUGUAACUCAGGCCAUAGAUGCCACGGUGAAGUGGGACGACAUCGCGUGGCUGAAGAGAAUGACCUCCCUGCCUGUGGUGGUCAAAGGGGUUUUGACAGCUGAAGAUGCCAAAGAAGCUCUGAAGUAUGGGGUGGAUGGAAUACUUGUGUCAAACCACGGAGCAAGACAGCUUGAUGGAGUUCCAGCCACCAUUGACGCUUUGCCUGAGGUUGUGGAGGCUGUAGAAGGAAAGGUGGAUGUCUUCAUGGACGGAGGGGUCCGUAAGGGCACAGAUGUGUUGAAGGCUCUGGCUCUGGGAGCAAAGGCUGUGUUUGUAGGGAGACCCAUCCUGUGGGCGCUCGCCUGCGAGGGUGACAAAGGAGUCAGUAAUGUUCUCCAAAUACUGCGUGAGGAACUUCACCUUGCAUUGGCGCUUACAGGAUGUCUUUCACUGAAGGAAGUCAAUAGAUCCCUUUUGAGAAGAUCUGAGCUCAUUUCAAGGUUUUAAUGUGCAGAACUUUUGCAUGCUGGGGGAUUUCAUGUGUGCCUGUGACUGGACCGACUUGUGUAAUUCAAAUGAACCCAGAGGAUUUGUGCUUGACAGAUUUAGCAUCAUGAAUAAAACAUUUGUGUAAGUCAUUCGUGUAAAAGUUUGAAUAAAUGCAUCAAAAGCG